UACGGAAUAAAAUACCGUAGUGUUUCCCGGGCUCCCGGCUCACCAACUACGAGUGCGGCUUAUUACCAGCCUUAGUUCUCACUUCUCACAAAACAUUUUCGCGAAUUCAGAAUUCGGAGCAACUUUUUUGUCGGUGUGUGUGCCAUUUUUUAAUAAACUGAAGUUGUAUUCCAAUUGUGUUUAUCGACUUUCGGUGAGACUCAGUGCUUGUUGGUUUCGUACCGGGAAUUUGGAGAGCCAGAAUCUGAAGCUCCUAUUCCGCUUUUCAAACCCGCACAUCGGCGGAUCGCCGGCGAAAUAUUCUCAUGGAGCAAAAUCUCGAUUGCGCAAGCGACAGCGGACCACACCGCAGCGAUCUAGUGCGUCAGUCAGCGGAAUUCAUCUGUAAACAUGCGGAAAGCGUUUCCGUCGAUAUGACCAAAAUUCGGGAAUUGGCCGGGUUAUUGUCGAGAAAAAUCGCCCAGGGUGAUAUGGGCUUGGAUCGGUGGAAGAAGCAUGAACUGCACCCGAAAACAGCAGACCAGAAAGCGGUCGAUUGGAUUUUCUUCGUGGAUACGUUGAAUUUUUCUUUUUGGUCGGAGGAUGAAUCCGAUCAAAAAUUCUGCGUUGAAUACAAUGGCAAGCGGUGGACUGGCUACUGGGCAUUGUGUGCAGCUGUUAACCGAGCUCUUGAUGAAGGCAUUCCGAUUACGGACCCGAAAUAUUAUGAGGCAGUUACCGAUCAACAGCUUGAAUACGUUUUCCGUACUAGCACGCAUGGUGUUAUGCCCAUGAUACAAGAAAGGAAACAGAAUCUCCAUGAUGCCGCUAAAACAUUAAUCUCUAAAUUCGAUGGAACAUUUGCCACAUGCAUCAAAAAGGCAGCGCAUUCUGCUAAGGAACUUUUGAAUAUCAUUGUAAAUGAUUUCCCUUCUUACCGGGAUGAAUCCAUCUUCGAGGGCCGCACAGUGUACUUCUACAAGCGAGCGCAAAUUCUCGUGGCCGAUCUUUGGGCAUGCUUCGAAGGAAAGGAUCUGUUGAAUUUCGCUGACAUCGAUCAUCUCACAAUUUUCCCCGAUUACCGAGUACCUCAAGUGUUGAACUAUUUCAAAACAAUGGUCUACUCUCCUACGCUGGAAAAUAAGUUGCGAAAAAAUUAUUUAUUUCAUUAUGGGGAGAAAGAGGAACUGGAAAUAAGGGGAAGUAGUGUUUGGGUGGUUGAAUUACUCUGGAAGGAAAUCUCAGAUAUAAUGGGAAAAGAUGCAGUGGGUUCCGUUAAUGCUAUUGUUCUGGAUCAUUAUCUUUGGGAUUAUAGGCAGGCGCACAAUGACGAUAUGAAAGAUGUACCCUUUCAUAAAAUUCGAUGUAUCUAUUACUGAUCUGACUGAAUGAGACUGUCGAAAAAUAAUUUAAUAAACUUCUAAUGAAGAAGUAUGAUUUCGGACGGUUGACGGUGCGUUACUACUAGCCAAAUUAUGC